UACCCUCUUCCCCUUCUUAGUUUUCCCUACCCAAUAUUGCAUAAACUACUAAGUGGCUACUUAGAAAUCAAUUGCACAACAUAAUUUCAUUAGUGCCAAUUGACCAUAUAGCUAUUGCCAUAUCCAAUUACCUUUUUAAGGCAAAGAAAAAAAAUAUAUAAGAAUUGAAUACCAAAACCCGAAGGAGAAGCUAAACAAGUUUAGAAAGCAAAGUCCAAUGGCCAAAGAGAUCAGUGUUGUUUCUCAAUAUCCCAGCAAAUUACAAGUGCAGGGUGAGAAUUUUGAUCCUAAAAACCUUGUAAUGACAACAGCAGCUGAUAAUGGAAAGAAGGAGAGUAAUGGAGCACCUAAAGACACAUAUCCUGCGUUUCCCGGGUGGUAUGCUGAUGUUUCCUGGCCAGGAGAAGCACACAUAUAUAAAAUGGAAAAGAUCAUAUUCCAAGGGAAAUCAGAAUUCCAAGAGCUUCUUGUAUUUGAGUCAUCUAGACAUGGCAAGGUUGCAAUUCUGGAUGGGUAUAUCCAGCUGACAGAAAAUGAUGAAUUUGCUUACCAAGAGAUGCUCACUCACCUUGCACUUUGUUCCAUUCCAAAUCCAAAGAAGGUUCUGCUUGUUGGAGGGGGAGAUGGUGGAAUUCUUAGGGAAAUAUCACGCCACUCUUCUGUUGAGCAUAUUGAUAUAUGUGAAAUAGACAAAAUGGUCAUUCAUGUUUAUAAGAAGUUUUUCCCAGAUAUAGCUGUUGGUUACGAGGAUCCCCGAGUGCAUGUUCAUAUCAGAGAUGGAAUUGCGUUCAUCAAUUCUGUUCCUGAGGGCACUUACGAUGUCAUUAUAUUGGAUGCUUUUCAACCAAUGGGACCUAUUGCGGAAGUUCUUGCUGAUAAAUGCUUCUUAGAAUCAGUAGCAAAGGCUCUUCGACCCGGUGGAGUGUUGUCUGCUCCAGCAGACAGCUUGUGGCUUAAGAACUUUGUAGUUGCAGAUACCAUAGCAAAUUGCAAGAAGAUAUUCAAAGGCUCCGUUAACUAUGCCUGGACCACAGUUCCUACAUACGCAAGUGGGGUGAUUGGAUUCAUGCUUUGCUCCACGGAGGGUCCCCCAGUGAACUUCAAACAUCCAACAAAUAAAUUGAAUCCAGAGCAAAAUGGGGUAGCAAAGGGACCUCCUAAGUUUUAUAACCCAGAGAUCCAUGCUGCUGCAUUCUGUCUGCCUUCUUUUGUGGACAAGGUUGUUGAUCUAAAAAGAUAUUGAUAAAGAACUCAGUAGUAAUAAGGAAUUGUUGUUAGUUUUUUUUAUCUGCAAAUGUUAAUUGUUAGUUCGUUAGUUUUUGUUAGCGGAGGGAUUCGAACCCACGACCUAUCCUUCCCUCCCCUCAUCCUUUGUAUUGUGUCGUUUUGCAUAUUUUUAUCAGUGAAAGGUUGCACAUGCAAAACUAUUACUAUAAUUUUAUAAGAUGAGAAGUUGGUACUCUGCCAA